CAUAGCUAAAAGUGAAGUUAGAUAUUAAAUAUAAAAAAUAACCAUAAAAAUCUACUCAAUAAUAAAAUUUACUUAAAAGGAUCAAUUUGAGUUUUGAAUAAAACAAAUAAAUCAUUUUUUAAAAUAGAAAUACUAAUAUUCAGAUAUAGUACUGCACGAGAACUUGUGUGUUAUCAGUUUGUGUUUGUUGUUAAAUUAGAUAAAGUUUUGCAAGAAUGACGGAUAAUAAAGCUUUAGUCAUGGCUAAUGCAAAUAGUAUGAUGGAUAAAUCUAAAGAACUUCAAAAAGAAAUCCUAAUGGAAAAGCUAAGAUCAAAAACGUCACAGUAUAAAAAUUUAAGUGAAACUUCUAAAGCUGUUCGCAUGGCUAUGCUGGAUAAGAGAUGGGCAGUCGACAGUGCUGAUCGUAUGAUACUACAAAAGUGUCUAGACAGCUUACAACAUUGUAUUAAAGUGAGCUCAUUACAGAGCCUAAUUGAAAGGCUUGAAUGCUUAUCGAGACAACUUGGAUUAAAAUUUGUAGUUGGAACAUCAGGUGUUAAUUUAUUUAUAUCAUCGGAUAUGUUUUAUUUGGAAAUACUUGUGGAAUCUUCAGGGUCAGUGAAAGAUGUCAAAAUACAUCACGAAGGAAAGAUAGAACAGCAAAGUUGUGAAGAAUUGGUUCAAUGUAUAUCUCGGGGAGACUUUGCCGAUUUCACAGCUCAACUAGAAGGCCUCACAGCAGUAUAUCAAUUGAAUGCUGAAAAGAAAGUAAAAUGUAAAGCAUUUAGUGCACUUCAAAGCUUAGAAGAAGAUUUGUGUUCAUUAAGACAAUUACAGAGUUUUAUUAAAGAACCUUGGGCGCAAGUACACAAAAGUCCAAUAGGAUUUCUACAAAAGAGAAGAGGAGGUCAUGCAAUGCGUCUUACAUAUUUCGUAUCUCCGUACGAAUUACUGGACAAGGACAAAGGGUUACAACCAUUAACAGUAGAGUUGUUAACAUUGGGAAAGCAAUCAAAUUCUAGUGGACUUGCUUCCCUCGUGGCUGUCUCACACACGCCAAUAGGACAAUCUGCAACAGUACUAUUGGAGGGAUCUGCGGCCAACAAACUUCAACUUUCGCCAAUUAUUUCCGGCGGACAGAGACCAGGGAAAGGAAGUGGCCCAGUAUACGCCCCGUUAGUACCCCAAAAUAGUGCAAUGCUGCCAGCUUGCUUCACACUCAAAUUAUCACAGCCGACGCCGUUAUGCUCUGGACUCGCUAAACUUAUUCAUGCUACGACAGAGGUUGAAGUUGCAGGAGAUUGGGCAAAUGCUAAACCCAUGUUAGGUCUAGUGGCUCAGCAGUCUUACAACAAGUUAGCACCAGGCAAGAUAAUAGAAUUGAACCUGAGCAAGGGCUUGUUUGUUAGCCUGCCGGAGCAGUGGCAGUGCUACUUCCUGUGCGAGACGCGCGCGCUGGAGGGCUGCGUGGUGAGCAGCGUGCCCUUCACGCACCCGUCGCACGUGCCGCCGCUGCUCGCCGCGCUCCGCCAGCAGGCGCUGUUCAACGCGCUCGUCGCCAGCUGCGUGCGCCUGCAGACCAAGCAGGUAAUGGAACUCGAAAGUGUUCUAAUGUUCGAAGUGAGUGCGUUAUCGUGGCAACACAUAUCUAUCUCACUGGAACAUCCACUGGACGAGAGCAUGGCCACCGUGGAACUGGAGUUGUCCGACCCGGCGGCACCUCGCGCGUCGGUCUACACGCUCAAUUCGCCUCCGCGAGACCACAUAGACGACUACAUCACGAAAGUGCUACAAAAGAGUCAUUCGAUUCCCAUCACCCUCAGAUCGCUGAUCAAAAUCUGGGAGAGAGAGGCCGCGAGUCGAAGCAGCUACUCCGCUUUGGAGUCAAAUUUUAGCUGUGGCCUGGGGGGCAUCGAUCCAGGGGGUGACGUAAAGCACGAGCCCGGGACUAUGCAUGGCCGCGCCCUCUACCCCACCAACGUGAGCCAUCCCCACCAGGGAGGUACUUAUCUCUCCGAACAGCAACAUCAUCUGUCUAUGAUGUGCCAGGAUUCUAAUACUAACGAAUCAAAAACCCAAAUAACAGAAGAUCGUAAGUCCAAAAAGCGUAAAUCGGAUACGACCAUUUGGCCUUCUAAUCAAAAAAAGGGUAAACCGGGAAUGAACGAUAUGAUGGAUUCCGAUAGUGAAAGUGAUAACUCGGAAGCUUUUGGUAAUGAUGAUAACACAAUGAAUAGUAAUUCAACAAACGAUGAUAUAGAGGGUCGGGAAUCGUCAGUGUCUCAAAACGAAUUUGCGUCAGACUUAGAGCUUUCCGGCAUGGAUGCGACAGAUGCCAUCGGUGGGCAAGAUAACAGAACAUCAUCUGAUAUGGAUAAUUCCAAUGAUGGAGAUGUUGAAGACAUAAUCAGGAAUUCUUUUCACAAGUCUGAGCACAAAAGGCAAAAGCUGAAAAACAAGGAGGAUUCGCGAAGUGGUAGAAGUACAUCUUCAUUACUUCUAGACCUCACAGACGGAAAGUCAUACAUGCCUUCUUCUGUAAGCAUAACUCCUAUAGGAUCAAGCUCUUCCAAUCCAGCGAGUUCUGGAUCUGGAUCAAACAUCUCAUCGAUGUUAUGCCUCGACCGUAGACCAGGCAUAGAAAUUAUACCGAUAACUGCUGCUGCACCAGCCGCUCUACCCAGUUCCAUAACAAUAACACCUAUCACAUCUUCACAAGUAAAAUCACUCGAUGAUCGCAUUAGAUCUGAUAAAAAAUCUAGUAAAUCAGGUGAAGAACGUAGUAAAGAGAAAAAGAAAAAACGACGUAGGGAUGAUUCUAUGGGCCCACCAGAAAAAAUACCACCUAAACAAGAUCCCUUAACGAAACCUGUAUCCGUAAGUAUAAAACCAACUGACGGAUCUCCAAUGCGCCCAACAUCCCCAAACUCCAUUUUACGAAAAUUUAGUCCUAGUCCAACUCACGGUAGGUCCGUAUCAAUUACUAAAUCACCGAGUCCUAGUAGUGUCAAAGGUAUAGGCAAGCCGUCAGGUACAUCCAGCCAUCAUAGUAGUCCUAGACAUUCACCAGUACAAAACAGUCCCAAACACCUUCCUGGAUACUCGAGUCCAAAAAACCACAGCAUUUCUUCACCUAAACAUAGUUCAUCGGGUUCCGGAAAGCCGAGUAUGUCAGCACUUAAAUCAGCAGCUAGUGGUUCCCCUUCCGGGAAAUCAGGUACCACAGGAUAUGAUUUAUCAAAAAAGCUUUCAAAAGAGAGUUAUAGUUCAAGUUCAGUAACUUCUAGAGAUAAAGAAAAGAAACAUUCCAGUCUGUCUUUUUCUAGUUCUGAUAGAAGCAGUCCAAAAUUAAAAAACCCGUUGAAAUUGAAACAAUUAGAAAUUACCCCAGUUUCGUGUGACAGUCCCGUGACCGAACCUUUAAUAUCCCCACCUAAUAUUGAAGUCAAUAAAUCUAACGCGCCCAGUCAAGCUCGUAACAGAAAAGGUUCCCUCAGUGCUGUGAUAGAUAAAUUAAAAUCUGCUCAACAUUGUGGCACCGACUCCGAAAUUACCGUAAAAUCCAGUUCGUCAAGUAGUAGUAGUAGCAAAUUUUCUGAUCCAAAAAAUAAUGCUAGUAAUAGCAAUUUAAAAGUAAAUGAAAGUAAAAAUCCUGAAUAUAUGGUUAAACCAAGUCUUGAUGGCAUGAAAAUAACAAUAAAUAAAACGAGAUCAAAAGAGUCGUCUGGUAGCUCAAAGUUAAAUUAUUCUAGUUCCAGUUCUAGUAAACAAUCUUCUCCUCAACUCACUCCACCCAGUCAAGGGUCUCCUAAAACUCAUACUGGCUUAAAACCAGGUGUCAUAAGCGGACCUGCUUCAAAGAAAACACAAGUUAUGCAAUCCUCUAAGUCCACUAGUUUGUCAUCCAGUUCAACUCCUCCAAAAGCAAACAUGAGCCCCUCAGAACAAUCCGGUUCUAGCAAUAGCAGUAAUAACCCAAAAGUGCCUUAUUCCAAGUCCAUUAGCAAUUCUGCUGGUAUAAACUUAUCCAAAACAGGAUCUAAGUCUAGUUCUGGAUCCCCUAAAAGUAGUAGUGCAGAUCUUGCAAAAAUUAUUAGAGAUAGGGAAAGAGAAAAAGCUAGGACUAAACUUAUGAGUAACUCAGAAAAAUCUAUUUUCUCCUCAAAAUCUGAGCGACAUUCAAGUCCUAGUAGCUCAAGAGAUGACGUAGAUGGUGAUCGUUUUAAAAAUACUUCUAAAGAUGCAAACUUUUUGGUUGAAGGUCUAAUCAAGCCACUAGAUACAAGUAAAUUUCAAAUACCAAAAUUAAAAAACCAAAACACUCCCGAUAAAAGCAGUCCGGUUUCUCAAUACGAUAGUCGUUCUAUGGUUAAUGACUUUGCCCGAUCUAUGGACCAAGGUAAAUAUUCAUUUUCUCACUUUGACAAUCCUAAUAGGGGUGUAGACUCUAUACAGAAGUCGGUAUAUCCUUUAAAUGUACCAAAACCUCUAUUGAAUUUGGGUGGAUUAAGUCCAAAAACUAUUCCACCUGGCAAAACUGACCAAUCGGAAUAUUCUAAAGCGGUUUCAGAUAGCAUUUCAAAAGGAGGAAGCCCGCAACGAAGUAAAGACGACUCGAAAGAAGGUUACUCGGCGUCGUAUCCGCUGAUGCCUCUAGAUUAUAAAACCGAUAUGGCCAAGGGAUUCCCAGCACCAAAAGGAAGUUCAGAAGAUAGAAAAGGUGCUGAUUCUUGCAUGAAACCUCCCGCGAGUGGAUCUGUUGCGAGGAGUGGAGCUACAACUCCUCAAGAAGCAGCUGAAAUGUUAUUAGAUUUUUCCUCUUCUUCAGGAAGUAAAGUUUCGGGAAUGGUUGCUGUUAGACCUGUAUAUCCUGCAUCUCCAGCCCUUUUGCAGUUGGCCAAAAGCCCUGCACCAUCUCCUUUAGUAGCACCCUCUCCUCAUUCUAAUUCACCAUGUAUUACAGACGAUGAAUUAAUGGAUGAAGCUCUCGUAGGUCCUGGCAAAUGAAAAGACAUCCUAUUUAAAAGACUCAAUGAAUUAAUAAAUAGCUCCUGUAUAUAUGCUUAACAUAGGAUUCUAAUAUAUAUUACUUUAAAGCAAUUAUAAUAAGUGAAUCUCUUAAUUCGAAACAAUGUGUUUACUUACACCAUUGUUGAAGAAUGAUAAACAUUAACUAACAUUCAUGAUCAAUCAAUGACGAAAAUAACUAUGAAAAACAAAUUGUAUCAGCGUCUGCUUAUUAUUUCGUCAAGGACAUAAAUACUUAGGUACGAUAAUGAUAUAUAUAAUGUCUGUGUUACCACUAACAACUUUUGGAAUAAUUAUUUAUUGGACUAAUAAGGAGGUUUUAAAUUUAUUGAAUUAAAAAAAAUGUGAAUCAUUUUAGAUAUAUUAUUUUUUCAUUCUAAUUAUAAAUAUAUCUCACUGUUUUAAUUUAUUUUAUCACUUCAAGUAGCUUAAUUUUUUUUAUUAUUGAAUAAUGAUAACUUUAUUAUUAAUUUUAGUUGCUUAAAUAAUAUAUUACCACUUUUUAGAAUGUCAAAAUAGUAUUUAACUGUUACUUUAAAAAUAAUGUUAUCAUUGUUUGAAUGGAACUUUGUAGACUAGUAACAUUCGUUAAUGAACUGGAAAUUAAAAGAAGCAUUUUUCACAAAAUAUUGACGUCAUGCUUCUAUAAUUGUAAAUGAGAUAGCACUACAUACCGUGUUCCUUACUUCAAAACCUCUGUUUAUUUGUAUUAUACGCAGGACGUAUUGAACAUUAACCAAACAUCAAUAACGAUGAUUAAUAGUUAUAAAUAACAUCAAGUUUUAUAAUUGUGCUUAGAAAUACGUAAUAUUUAAUUUUCGUAAGUUUUAAGUAAUAUGUAUAUUAAGUCUUCAUCUUGAUAACUAUUUUUUUUAUUUUCAUUAAACACAUUAUUUUACUGGAAAAUAAGACCUCUAUAAUAUUAUAGGUGUCAUACUUUUAAGAGAAAAAUAUGACCAAUUGCCAUGUAUUAAUAUAAUAGAAAUUAUAUCAAUAGUUGUUAAAUAUGUUUUGUGUUCUUGUAAUUUAAAAUAAAUAUCAAGCGAAGUACUGUUAAAAUUAUUUUAUAAGCUUGUAAAUAAAUUAUAUUUCUAGUAACAAUUUCAAAAUCAAUAAACCGAUAAAGCAUUUAUAUGCUAAUAGUUAACGGGAAAGCAUUAAACGUGAAGGAAAAAAAAGA